AUGCGAUUCCUCGAGCAAGCGUACAAGAAACGCCGCCGGCUGAUUACUCUUGAACAACUGAUCUUGCUGUUGACUCGCUGCGCGAUCAUGCUGUGUAUCGCUGGCGCUGUCGGGGCGCUCGUCAUUGGAUCGGGGUCGCAGGAUCAACGCGGACGGACAGUCGUUUUUGUCAUCGACAACUCGAUCCAUAGCGCCGGAUCGCUCGCAACGGGUGAACAGUCCAUUGAUUAUCAGAGACGGCGUGCUUUGGAUCUGCUCCGCUCGCUCGAUCCGACGAAAGGAGAUCGAGCAGCUCUAAUUACCGCAGCGGCUCCUGCUCGUGGCGAUGCGAUCCCGGCAACAAGCGAGCUCGGACUGAUCCGCUCGCGGAUCGAAUCCAUCGAGGCAACCGACGCGGAGCGCGACAUUGAAGGCGCCCUCUCGCUGAUUGAAACCAAUAUCACGGAUGAGUCCGACAGCUCAACAAUCCACGCGGCGUUGAUGUUCAGUCCCUCAGGCUGGACGAGUGACGGCUUGCCGAAGGACCUCUCGAUAUCCAAACUGGAUUCAGUGCUGAUCGAUGAAGCAAGUUCUUCGGCACAAUCGAACUUCGCGAUCCAGUCCAUACAUCCGCUGCGUCCGCUGACGACACUAGGUUCACUGAAUAACGCGAGUCUGAGCGAUGAGAUUCAGGGUGUCCGCAUCGAGCUGAGUCGCUCGGAUGCUUCUACGACUCACCAAUCCCGAAUCGAGCUCAGUGAUCCCAGCAGUGGUGAUCAGCUGAGCUUGCAAGAAAUUCAGUGGGAAGCAGGGCAAAGCUCCAAGCUCGUCACGAUCCCGCUGGGUCCUGAUCAGAUGAGUCGAUCGCGAGGUGGUUGGGCCGUGGUUCGCGCAUCGCUGAUUGAGGACGACCUGAAUCCCAGAGACAACUCUCGGACCACAGGGUUUCCGAUCCGCAACGAGAUGCGCAUCGGGAUCAUUGAUACAUUCACUGACAACUCGAUGCCCAACUCCAUCCGUGCUUCCCGAUGGGUGCGUACCGCGCUUGGCGCUGACGAGGGCGUGAUCUCUGUCCAGAUGAUUGAAGCACGCAUCGCGGAAGAUCGGAUCGAUCCUUCGCUUGAUGCCCUAUUUAUUCUCGCACCGGCAUCGUUGAGUGAUCGCGGAUGGGCGCGGGUCCAGAGUCUUCACGGCACUGGGAUGCCGAUCGUGCUGACUGCAGACGCUGGAUCUCUCUCGCUUGAGUGGACCAAUCGACUCAACGACCUUUCUGCAGGGCUGUUGGGUGAAGAGGUCCGUGUGAUGAGCUUUGAACCUCCGAUCGGCUUGUCAAGCACUCUGACCAUUGAUAGCACGGCGGCUCCGAUCUACCUUGCCGGAAUCGAGCGGGAGUAUCCAAGGCUCGCAUCUUCUGUGCUGCUGAGCCGUUCGCUUGUGCUUGAGCCAGGACCAAAUGCGAAUGUGAUGUUGAUGGAUUCAGCACAUGACCCGAUCGCGAUCUCGACACGACCUGCUUCACAAGAUGAAUCGGGUCCGAUUGUGUUCUUUGGUCUCGCGUUUGAUGUGCAGUGGACAGACCUGCAAGCGCGGCCGCUCUUUGUCGCGCUGCUACACGAACUCACACGAACGCUGAUCUCGCAAUCCCAAUCUCCGUUGAUUCUGACAGCAGGCGAGCACGCAGACAUCAACGCACAACUCGAAAGACUCACUGGCGGGACUGUCGAGGCGGAUCUACGCAACGCGGGCGUGUAUGUGCAGGUGGAUGAACUCGGGAGUGGACACCGCGGCGUGCUGAUCAAUCCCGAUGCUCGGCACACCACUCUUGACGCAACUGAAUCAAAGAACAUUCAGCAACUGUUUACGAAUCAACUCGGAGACCUGGCGAUCCAGGAUUUGAGUGGACUCGAAUCGCUCGGAGACGGCGUCUUCGCGGACAAUCUAGAUCUCGGGAAAUCCAUUUCUCUGCCGCUGUUUGGGAUCGCGCUCAUCCUCGGCAUAUUGGAUUUCGUGCUUGCUCGGCGAUGCUCAUACCGCGCCGUCCACACUGCGGGAAGCACCUUCGGUCGUGCCGACAGUGGGAUCGGAUUCGCAAAUCAAGUCCCGGCUUGGAUCGUGCUCAGCAUGAUCAUCGUAUUUGCUCUGCUUGUGUGGUUGAGUUACAGAGGGCUCGCGGGUCGAACUUGGACGCGAUUCGUGCUGGGAUCGUUACGAGUGCUGACAUUGGGGUUCUUACUCGUCUUGGCGCUUGGUCCACAAAUGGAACGGCAUCGAGAACUGAUCGAACCAGAUCGGGUCAUCAUCCUGAUGGACUCAUCCGGAUCGAUGAACACACCUGAGUUGAGUCCGGGCGGUUCACGAUUCACGCGCGCCGAAUCCAUGAAUGAAACUCUCAGCGCGAACGAGGCAUUACUCGCUCAGAUCCGUGAACGUUCAUCAGUAGAUCUCUACCGAUUUGAUGAUCGUCUGUAUUCAUCUGAAAAUCUGGGUAUUGAUAACGCGAGCAUCCAGGAUCGCUCAGGGACUUCGCUCAACUCAGCGCUGCGUAAAGCAUUGAAUAAUGCAGGCACGAGCCCAAUCUCUGGUGUGCUUGUAUUUUCUGACGGACGAUCACACGACGAACUUUCUGAGCCGAUGAUCGAAUCGUUGCUGAGCUCUGGGGUUCCAGUAUUCACCGUCCCGAUCGGAUCGUCCGAACCGAUCCGCGAUGCGUCGAUCGGGAUUGUCGAAUCACCUCAAGCCGUGUUCGCGGAAGAUCGCGUCCCGAUGCGUGUUCAGGUUCGCACCGAUGGAUACUCGGAGGGCGAUGAAAUUCAGGUCGAGUUGGUCGACGAAGUCACUGGACAGGUCUUAAGCGACCAUACGCUCGUGGUUGAUGACGCACUCGAUUCGGAGACCGCAUUCGUCGAUCUCUCGCAUUCAUUCACCCAAGCCGGUGAGAAAGAUCUUGUGGUCCGCUUGCGUUCUGGUGCUGGUUCGCAAGACCUGAUCAACGAGAAUAAUCAGCAACCUAUCUCACUCCGAGUGGUUACUGAACCGAUGCGGGUGCUGUAUGUAGACGGGCAUCCACGCUGGGAGUAUCGCUAUCUCAAGAAUCUGUUGAUGCGUGAGCAGACGAUCGACGCGACGACCAUGCUGAUCGCUUCGGAUCGCCGCUUUAUCGAAGAGGGUAAACCACUCAAUGGUCCGAUUCCUGAUUCUCUGGAAGCGUGGGAGCCGUUUGAUGUGGUGAUUAUUGGAGAUCUGCGUCCUGACUUGUUCUCUACAACUCAACUGACGACGCUCCGCGAACACAUCGAGACGCGUGGGUGUGGGUUGCUCUGGAUCGCUGGCGAGGGCGCUACCCCAAGUUCGUGGGCCGGUUCAGAAAUCGCUUCGCUGUUGCCUUACUCUGCGGGCAAGUCGGAUUCGAUCUCAUCGCAAUCACGAGGUGAUACCCCAAGCGUGAUGACACUGACCGAUGAUGCGGCUCGUGUCGGCUUGCUUAUCUCCGAGACUGGAGAGACCUCCGAUGUGAGUGAUCCGAGCACUGGUUGGUCUGUGCUGCGAUGGACACACUCGAUCAGCGAUGCGGAUCUCAAGCCUGGGAUUUCUGUGCUCGCUCGAGCGGCGGGACUCGAUUCGGACACCAACGAGGCGCUUGUCACUUCCAUGCGAUACGGCAGCGGACAGGUUGGGUAUGUCGGGACCGAUGAAAUCUGGAGAUGGCGUUACGGUCGCGGCGAGGACCUUACCGAACAGUUCUGGCUCCCGAUGAUCAGAACACUCGCGAGAGGAACCAUCUCACGCAGGGCUUCCGCGGCUGGAUUGAGAGUCGCUCCCGCUCAGAUCGCGCCUGGAGAUGAUGUCCGCGUGAGUCUGCAGCUUUAUGACAGCGCGGUACUUGAGUCGAUGCCGACGGAUCUCAAUGCACGCGUCCGACCGAUGUCAACGCCUGACGCGGAGUUUGAUCUGCCGCUUCGUGGAGGUGAUGACCAGCGAAGCGGGAUAUGGACUCCAAAUGAGCCUGGGCUUUACACACUGAGCGUGCUGCAUCCGCUCAUCGGGAACGAACCAAUCUCGCAGAUUAUCCGCGUGAACGCAUCAUGGGACGAAUCGGUAAACCUCAAUACCGAUCAUGCGUAUCUAGAAACAUUAAGCGAGCGAACAAACGGGCAGGUGCUCCAGAGCAAUGAGCUCGAUCAACUCGCGGAUUUGCUCCCCAAUCGCACGAGGAUUACCACUCUCCCUCCCGAGACCACGGCGAUGUGGGAUCGUCCGAUCGUGCUCGUGCUACUUGUGUUGCUGAUGAGCUGUGAAUGGAUCGGGAGGCGCGUGCUUCGGCUUGCUUAA